ACCCCACCCCCACCACCCCCACCACCAUCUGCAUCGCCCGGGACGCGCCGAGGAGCGCCGACUGGCCCCGGGCCGGGACGCCACCAACCCCGCUGCUCGGCGGCGGCCUGAAUGACGAGCGGCUGCUGCACCUCCUAUCGAUGCCGACCCCACGAGCCGGAGAGCUGCGCCAUGAACCCGCCGGAGCUGAGCCUGGAGACGCUGGCGCCCCUGCACGGCCCGGCCGGCCAUGAGCCCGAGCUGCUCGCCAGCCCCAGCCCGCACCACCCGCACCACCACCCGGCCUCGGCCGCCGCCCGCGCCGCCAACGCCAACGCCGGGGCCGCCAACGCCGGGGCCCUGCGCGCCCACCCGGACCUGACGACGGCCGCGUCGCGCUCGGCCAUGGUGAGCAGCAUGGCCUCGCUGCUGGACGGCGCGGGCGACUACCGGCCGGAGCUGUCCAUCCCGCUGCACCACGCCAUGGGCAUGAGCCCCUGCGACGCCUCGCCGCCCGGCAUGGGCAUGAGCGGCACCUACACGACGCUCACCCCGCUGCAGCCCCUGCCGCCCAUCUCCACCGUCUCCGACAAGUUCCACCACCCGCACGCCCACCCGCACCACCCGCACGCCGCCCACCCGCACCCGCACCCCCACGCCGGCGGCGGCGGCGGCGCCCACCACCCGCACCCCCACCACCACCCGCACGCCGGCCCGCACCCCCACCACCCGCACCCGCCCGGCGCCCCCCACGCCGCCCACCAGCGCCUGGCCGGCGGCGUCAGCGGCAGCUUCACCCUCCUGCGGGACGAGCGCGGGCUGCCCGCCGUCAACAGCCUCUACGGGCCCUACAAGGAGCUGCCCCCGCCGCCCCUCGGGCCCAGCCUCUCCCCGCUGGGCAACGGCCUGGGCCCCCUGCACGGCAGCCCGCAGGGCCUCCACGGCUACGGCCCCUCCGCCGGGGACAAGCUGCUGGGCGCCGGCUUCGACGCGCACCUGCUGGGCCGCGGCAUGGAGCAGCCGCUGACCCGGGGCCUGGCCAGCCCGCCGGCGCCCAUGCUGGCCCACCUGAACGGCCUGGGCCCCGCGCCCCCGGGCCCGCCGCCGCCGCCGCCGCCGCCCCACCACGGGCCCGGCCUCCUCGCCCGCGAGCGGCCCCCCUCGACCACCGGCGGCGCCGCGCUCGAAGAGAUCAACACCAAGGAGGUGGCGGCGCGCAUCACGGCCGAGCUGAAGCGCUACAGCAUCCCGCAGGCCAUCUUCGCGCAGAGGGUGCUGUGCCGCUCGCAGGGGACCCUCUCCGACCUGCUGCGCAACCCCAAGCCCUGGAGCAAGCUCAAGUCCGGCCGCGAGACCUUCCGCAGGAUGUGGAAGUGGCUGCAGGAGCCCGAGUUCCAGCGCAUGUCGGCCCUCCGGCUCGCAGCCUGCAAGCGCAAAGAACAAGAACCAAACAAAGACAGGAACAACUCCCAGAAGAAAUCGCGUCUGGUCUUCACCGAUCUCCAACGUAGAACACUUUUUGCCAUCUUCAAAGAGAACAAACGUCCGUCCAAAGAAAUGCAGAUCACGAUCUCGCAACAGCUGGGCUUGGAACUUACUACGGUCAGUAACUUCUUCAUGAAUGCUAGGAGGCGGAGUCUCGAGAAGUGGCAAGAUGACCUGAGCACCGGGGGAUCUUCCUCAACCUCCAGCACUUGUACCAAAGCAUGAUCGAAGAGCAGAAUCUAAAUUGGGCACAACUCAACUAAUGUGUAACGAAAGAAACGUAUUCUUAACGGGGCCCUUCACUGGUGAUUUGAAAGCACAGUUCUCUUAGACAGUAAUACUAAUUUCCAGCUUAGGACAUUGAAUCUGAUUUAAACGACUAUCCCUUUUUUCUUUUUUUUUAGCGUUCAAGUCAAAAAUGCACCCAAGACAAGCUAAGCAUGUCUGAAAUAGAAAUAGGUCAUUCAUGACUCCAGUUGAUCCGCAGCCAAGGUGGCAGAGCCAGGCCAAACUUCAAAUAUUCGUUCAUCUGUUUUGAUGAAUGGGAUUUUUGUUGGGAUCAGCAGGCAAAAUGGUGCCUGGCUUAGAAAACUGGCCACCCAAAGAAAGCCAAACAUGUCUGACCUAAUUUAUUUGUCUGAAUGCUUAGAUUAUAUACACUACACUAUACCAAAGCUCACAAACAUGAAACAUACAAGUACUGAGCACAAACUUUAAAUAAGACCUAAGAACAUUGGGUUUUUAUUUUAGAAACUCAGGCAUUGUUACAUUAAAUAUUUUCAGAAUGAUCUGACUACACCCUUUUGGGCUUUUAAAAAUAUAUAUAUAUUGUCUUUAAAGAAAAUAUUGUCUGUGAACAUACAGUCUUGGAUCAGUAUGAUUCGGUUCCCUUGAACCCAAACUAUCAAGCACAAAGACAAUAGACAGAGAAAAGUGGAACAGCUCUGGACUCUUUGCCUGUUCUUUCAAGACGUGCUCGGAGUUAGGGAGGUGUUAGUGAACACAUUGGUUUCAAGCACACUUUUUGCAGGUUUUCACAAUUUCUAUUUGUACAUAGUGCCGACACACACUCAGGAAACCAGUUUCAAUGCUACCACACAGAGCAAAUGCAACACUUCCAAAGCUCUAACAUUUGAGGGUUUUUUAUUUCUCUGGAGGGGGUGGGAAAGAACCUCGAUUCACACACUCAUUAGUUUCAAGACAUCCAAUUUGUCACCGUCCUCCAAGUAACGGGUUUGGUUUUGAUUUUGCCACAUUGCUUCUCUCUAUUCACGUUAGCUGGUGUUUUUAGGCAGGAAAAUAAGACAAAACUAUGCCUUCGAGAUGUUACCGUCUACUUGAUCGCUUACUUAACUCUAAUCUCCAGGUCUGUUCCAUGGAUUAAAAAAAAAAACUCAUCUCCACCUUACCACAUCAUGUAAGAAUGCAGCACACCAAAGAUGCAGGCUUCUGCAAACCAAAGAUCAUAAUCACCAUUUUCUAACAUUCAUCCUUGUUAUCACCAUCAACAUAGUCAGAUCCUGAGUAUGUUAGAAAUUAGCAGCAGUCGACGCCUAGCUCUCUUUCGGUUCCUCCUCCCGGCGAGCCUGAAGAGACAAUGCUCUCGAAGGAAGUAGCGAAGCUAACUUUUCACCGUGCUAGUGUCCAGUGUUCAUGGUACCCAUUCGCCAUCUUUCUCACUGGAGCUCUUACAGUCACCUCAAUGUGCAUAUUUACCAGUGAAUAGCCCCCUUUCUUUGGAACACCGCUUGAGUGUUCAAAACCAAGCCAAACGCUGUUAACGAUCCUUUAAAGACACUUGAGACUCUUUUAUGUACUACUUAAUUGAAACCAAAGAAACUUUUUUCUGCACCUACUACUGCAACAAACUAUUCCGUUUAGGGAAAAAAAAUUAAAAAGAAAUGAAUAAUAAUUUAAAAAAAAAAAACCAAAACAAGGAAGCACGUCAGGAAAAAAACAAAACCGAUGCGAACACACUGUGUUUUGACAGACAUCUUGGGACAUUUUUAGGAAGCAGAGUUCAAGGAAAGGGUUGACAAGAAAAGAAUGGAAAAGCCAAUGGGAUUGCUGCUUCAUUUGACAACUCAGUAAUCUUAAAGUUGAAGAUUGUCUUUAAUUUGUGCCUAUGCAGUUUUUUCAAAAGAACAAGGAACAGAGCAACCGAGACCUCAACAGCUACAAUACCAAAGAUGAGGAUUUCUCAUGACUUUUCGUUCAGUUCAUUUACUUCCCUUGCACAGCUAAUAUGCUUGUAGCACCAUUGAUCUGUGUAAAGGUAAAUUGAUUCUGUUUCUUUUGAGCAGCACCAACCAACCAACCAAGCAAAAGAUGAUUUUCUUUCAGUUCUGGUUUUUUUCCCCCCCAGUUUCAGCUCCUGCAUGGAAUCUUCUAAAGGAUUCUGUGGGCUCCAAGUAUAAGAUGUUGGGAUACUAAACUAAACAAUCUUCUCUAACCACAACUAGCAGGGUGGGUGAGGGGUGGAGGGGAGGGGAGCGCGUCGUACUGGUGAAAUGCUAGUUUUGGUUCAAUGAGGUUGUGUAUGUUUCGUGCUUUUUAAACUCUUUUCUAACAAUGCAGGAUUAGAGGGGAAAUGUUGUGAAUGCCAACUUGGUGACGUUUUCUUGGUUGAGAGAGGGAUACUAUGGGGGGUGGGGGUGGGGGAGAGUCCAGAUCAUGGAAUCCAGUUAACUCUUCAUCAUGUUAUUCAGGGUGUUUCAUGUGUCCAUUGAGUCAUGACCAGCCAAGUCCAAAAUUUUCUUAUAUAACGUGAUGGCACUUCCUUAAAUCUGCUAAAUGUUCUGUCCCUUUCUCCAUUGAUGACCUAAUAUGUGUAUUGUAGGUUAUCUUCCCGGGACGAUUGUCCAGGUCAGACCUUAUUACAUCCCCCAGUUCCUGCAUACACGUUCCCCCACUUCCUCUAUUUACUUCUUGCACACCACACUCUGUAGGACCCUUCAUAUCUGAUGUAAAGUUAUUGCACCUGAAGCAGUCAGAGAUGCAUGACCAGUUUUUGUCCGCACAGCCAAUAGGUAUCACACUAUUUGGGCCCACAUGUUCUGUUGGGAGGGAUCCCCCCCCCCCCGUUCUGUUGGGAGGGAUCCUCUCCCAACUAGGAAACACUGUAUUGCCACCAAUUUCUAAACCUCCAAUGAAAUUUUGACUUCAUUCUAAUAAUUAGAAAUGAAUGCUACUUCCACGUGAUGGACUAAAUCCACCUCUGAUAAUUUAGUGAGCCAGCUAUAGGUUCUUGGGAUUCUUUUUACAGAUUUGAUAUUUUGGAAACUAUAACUAUUUGAGAAUCGGUUGACUGCCCAAGAAACUGACCUGUGUUCUAUAAUCUAGCACUGUUAAAAUACGUGGAGAUUGUUACUGCUGAGAGCACAGAUUUCAAAAUGAGAAAGAAAG